AUGGCUAGUCGUGAUUUCAUUAGAAGUGUAGGGCCUACUGACGCGGACUUUGGUGAUCGGAUUCAAAGGUUGAUGGCUAAUGCAGACAGUGGUAACGAUAGUGAUUUCAGCAUGAUCGACGAUUCAGAUGCCGAUCCGGACUUUGUCAUCUCAGACCACGAGGACCAAGUCAUACCAGGAACACCUAGUUCUUCAGAAAGUGAAGAAGAUGAUAUUGUGAAUCUACAUAAUAAUGUGGACAACAUAAUAAAUGCAGUUGCUGAAGGAAUUGAUCAUCUUCCUGAAUCAAAUGAUGAGAAAAUGAAAUCCCUUUUCACUAAAGAUGAAUGCAGUCGCCCAAUAUUUCGUGCGACGAUGUCUGAAAAGCGCUAUGAGAUACUCAUGGGAUCAUUGCGAUUUGAUGAUGCACAAACACGUGCCCAAAGAAGAAAUGAUGAUAAAGCUGCUGCUAUUUCCGAAAUAUUUUACAAAAUCAUUUCAAAUAGCCAGGCAGCUUACAGCCCAUCUGAGUUUGUAACAGUAGAUGAGAUGUUGGUUCCCUUCCGAGGGCGUUGUGCAUUCCGAGUCUACAUGCCUAAAAAACCUAAAAAAUAUGGCAUAAAGGUGAUGUGUCUGACAGACGCCAAGACGUCAUAUCUAGUGAAUGCCUACAUCUAUACUGGUAAAAACAGCGAUGGCGAAGGAUUGAGUGAAAAGGAACAAGAGAUGCCGGUAGCUGUUCAAUCUCUUACAAGAUUAUGUAAAGUUAUUGAAGGCAGCAAACGCAAUGUUACCGCCGAUAAUUGGUUUACCUCGUUGGGUGGUGUGGAGCAACUUGGAAAAAUGAAACUGACAUACGUGGGCACUGUCAGAAAGGACAAAAGAACUAUCCCUGAAGAGUUUCAAGCCUGUCGAAGACGGCCUGUUGCCUCUACACUGUAUGGCUUUCGAGGAGAAAUGACACUCUUAUCUUUUGUGCCAAAACAGAACAGAUCAGUUUGUCUCAUAUCUACGUUUCACCAUUCCAUUGAAACAAAUCAGAACAAGAAAAAACCUGAGGUGAUUAGUUUCUACAAUGAAACAAAGUCAGGGGUAGAUGUACUGGACAUGAAGUGUGCAGUGUUUACUUCCAGCCGAAAAACUAGAAGAUGGCCGCUUGCAAUGUUUUAUCGCCUAGUGAACAUUGCCAAUGUCAACAGUUUCAUUGUGUAUAUGAGCUACUCCGGCACUCAGAUGACAACCAGAUUUGAGUUCACAAAGCGUUUAGCCCAUGAGCUGAUUGUUCCGCAUCUUCCGAAGAGGCUUGAAGGUGUGGUAAAUCUUCCACGGGACUUGACUGUUGACAUCAAGAAGAUCCUCGGUGAUAAUCCAGAUCCUCUACCAGCUGCAGGUGCUCUUACCGACCGAUUGGAGAAGCGGAAAACCUGUGGGAAAUGUCCGCCAAGCAGUGACAGGAAGACACAACACAAGUGCUUCAGAUGCAAUGUGCCAAUCUGCGGUAGCUGUCAAAUCCGGUCCUGCUUUGAAUGUGCCGCUUUGUGA